UUGGGAAGUAAAUUAUAUGAGGAAGACUUGGUAUAAACAAAUAAUAAAGCCUUUGAAAUUUUCUCUUAUUGACUCAACUGAUAGAAAAAUGGAUUGCUUGAUUGAUUCUAUACAAUAUCAUAAAUAAUUGUGCAGAAACUAAACAAGUCCUCAAUGGAUUCCAUUACCAAUCUACUACUCUCAUCUUUUCUCUGUUCCAUCUUAGUAGUCUCCACCACUGCAGUGAACACAAUAUCCGCAACUCAAUCCAUUAAAGAUGGUGACACAAUAGUCUCCAUUGGAGGAAGCUUCGCGCUCGGGUUUUUCAGCCCUGGAAGUUCCAAAAACCGAUACGCUGGCAUAUGGUACAACAAGAUAUCUAAUGAUUCGAGGACUGUUGUAUGGGUUGCCAAUAGAGAAACCCCCGUCACCGAUUCCUCGGGCAUUUUAAUGGUUACCCAACAAGGCGUUCUCGUCCUCCUCAACAGUACAGAAAGUAUCAUUUGGUCUUCCAAUUUGACAAAACCCAGAAAAAACCCAGUUGCAGAGCUCCUGGAAUCAGGGAAUUUGGUUCUGAGAAAUGCUGAUGAUGAUAACCCGGAGAAUUAUUUGUGGCAGAGUUUUGACUAUCCGACUGACACGUUUUUACCAGGUAUGAAGUUUGGAAUUCACUAUGAAACUGGGCUUAAUAUGAGCCUGUGGUCAUGGCAGAGCAGUGACAAUCCAGCUCAAGGAGAUUAUACAUAUAGUAUGGAUUCUCAUGGAUUUCCACAGUAUUUUCUCAGGAAGGACACUGUCAAGGUGUUUCGAUCAGGGCCGUGGAAUGGUGUCCGGUUCAGUGGAAUGCCUACUAUAUCUUCAAACCCCAUUUACAAUUUCACUUUUGUGUUGAAUCAGAAUGAGACUUAUUUCAAUUAUGAUCUUCUCAAUAGCUCGGUUGUCACAAGAAUGGUGAUGAAUCAGGAUGGUGUUCUAAGGCGCAUGACGUGGAUAGAAGGAUCAUCCACGAGUUGGGUUGAACACUUGACUACAGAGAUGACAAAUUGCGAUACUUUUGCAUUUUGCGGUCCUUAUGGUCUCUGUACUGUUAGUAAUUCCCCAGAAUGUGGUUGUUUGCAAGGAUUUGAACCAAAAUUUCCUAAAGAUUGGGGUACGGAUUGGUCAAAUGGGUGUGUUCGAAGAACACCCUUGAAUUGCAGUGGUGUUAAUGGAGAUAAGUUUUGGAAGUACACCGGUGUUAAAGUGCCGGAUACAGAAAAUUCAUGGUUCAAUGUGAGCAUGACCCUUAAGGAAUGUGAGACCAUGUGUUUGAAGAAAUGCUCGUGUAUGGCUUAUGCGAAUUUGGAUGUAAGUGGAGAGGGAAGUGGGUGUUUGCUUUGGUUUAAUGAACUUGUUGAUAUCAGAGUCAUUGAAAAUGGCCAAGAUCUUUAUGUUAGAAUGGCUGCCUCUGAAUUUGGUCAAGCUGGCCACAAUUGGAACAAGGCAGAGACGAUCAUAGUCAUCUCAGUAGUCUCAACAGCAACACUUACACUUGGCCUGGCCAUUUCAUUGUACAUUUGGAAGAAGAAGGAGUGGCAGAAGAGAGAAGGAAGAACAAUAGGUCAUCCUGAACAAGGUUACUACAAAGAAUCCAAGAAUGAAGAUAUAGAAUUACCAUUAUUCCACUUGGUUACAAUCACUAAAGCUACGAAUAACUUUGCAAUCAACAAUAAGCUUGGAGAGGGCGGCUUUGGACCUGUUUACAAGGGUAUGUUGGAAGGGGGACAAGAAAUAGCUGUGAAGUUGCUAUCAAAGGAUUCCAAACAAGGAGUUGAUGAGUUCAAGAAUGAAGUUAUCUGCAUUGCCAAGCUUCAACAUCGAAAUCUUGUAAAGCUUCUAGGGUAUUGCAUUCAAAGAGAAGAAAGGAUGUUAAUAUAUGAAUUCAUGCCCAACAAUAACUUGGACUCCUUUAUUUUUGAUCAAUCACAGAAGAUGCUACUGGAUUGGCCUAAGCGCUUCCACAUCAUAAAUGGAAUUGCUCGGGGGCUUCUUUAUCUUCAUCAAGAUUCCAGACUAAGAAUUAUCCAUAGAGAUCUGAAAGGAAGCAAUAUUCUACUAGAUUAUGAGAUGAACCCAAAAAUAUCAGACUUUGGCUUAGCCAGAAUCUUUGGAGCAAACGAGACGCAAGCAAAUACGAGAAGAGUGGUUGGAACAUAUGGCUACAUGUCUCCCGAAUAUGCAAUUGAAGGACUCUUCUCAGUAAAGUCCGACGUAUUUAGCUUUGGCGUUUUGGUACUAGAAAUAGUGAGUGGGAAGAGAAACAGGGGAUUCUAUCACCAAGACCAUCACCUCAACCUUCUUGGGCAUGCAUGGAGAUUAUACAAGGAAGACAGAACCAGAGAAUUGAUUGAUGAACCAAUACAAAACUCAUGCAAUAUACCUGAGGUGUUGCGUUCGAUUCAUGUUGGUUUAUUGUGCGUGCAACAACGGCCAGAGGAUAGGCCUAACAUGGCAAGUGUGGUUCUGAUGUUGGGCAGAGAGGGUGCACUGACUCACCCCAAACAACCUGGUUUUUUCACUGAAAGGAAUCUGCUUGAAGGAGAGUCAACAGGAAGUGAGGUUGAACAAUGUUCAGCCAACAUGGUUAGCACAACAGUGGUAGAGGCACGAUAGAAGACAAUUCCUAGUGAUAUUUUAAUUGUUAUGGUUGAAAACUUUUGAGUCUGUUUAGCUAACAAACACAAGAAAGGAAUGUUUGUUUUUGGAAGUUUACCAUAUAGCAUGUAUAUUUUAAGGUUUUUGUCUUCUAUAUAUAUAUAUAUAGAUGUUCUAAUCAUUGUAAAGAGAUCACAGUUAAUACAUAUAAUAUGUCACGUUCUUCCAUAAAACUUA